AAUUCAGAGGAAGUGAUCUAUUGCGAUUGAACGUUAGGUGGGACUCUAAACGAAUACGAAUCCGCGCUGUCUGGAUGGUUGUUGCGGCCGAUACGAUAUAUAUUCAUGAAAAAAGUAAUAAAAUUCAAGUUCAGUUCCAGUGCUCCUUGUGUUGGACUGCGAGCUACAUGCGUGUGAAACUGUAGCUUCUUUUUAAAUAGUUUGAAUGAAUUUGUAAUAUAUUUUUAAGUGUGUUUGAACAGAUAAAACUUCAAUAUGCAAGGAGACCCGUUACUGCCACCGAAUUCAGAAAAGGGACACCCUUUAGAGAGGGCUACAAUAUUUUCGCAAGCAUUUUUCUGUUGGUUGUUUCCCUAUUUCGUGAAAGGAUUUAAGAAUCAGAUAACCGAAGAUGACAUGCCCGGUGCACUCAAGGCUCACGAGUCCUGCACAUUAGGAAACAAAUUGGAAAAGGCAUGGCAUUACCAAGUAGCAAAUAAUGAAAAACCCUCAUUGUUAAAGGCUUUACUGACAGUAUUUUAUAAGGAAUUAAGCAUUUACGGCUUACUUCUUUUGAUACAAGAAUUUAUAGUUAAACUAUCCCAACCUUUACUAAUUUCAAAUUUCCUAAGAUACUACGAACCAGGACAAAAUGCCAUGACAAAAGACGAAGCUUAUAUCUAUGCUGGCUUGAUUGUCAUCUUUGCGCUCAUAAACGUUCUGUGCGUACACGGAUACUAUUUUUGUGUGAGCCACCUAGGGAUGAAAUUGAGGGUAGCUACAUGCUCACUCAUCUACAGAAAAGCUUUAAAACUAAAUAGAACAGCACUUGCUGACACCACUGUGGGGCAGAUGGUUAACCUCAUGUCUAAUGAUGUUGGCAGGUUCAACUUGUGUACUCAGUAUAUCCAUAAUUUGUGGGUUGCUCCCAUAGAGACGGCUGUGAUUAUGUAUUUGCUCUAUAUCUACGUGGGACCUACAGGAUUGACGGGGGUGAUAUUUUUAGUUUUGUUCAUAGUUCCACAGAUGUAUAUGGGAAAGAAGAUAUCCCAAUACAGACUAAACACUGCCAAGAGAUCUGACGAAAGAAUUCGCUUGAUGAGUGAAAUAAUAACAGGAGUACAAGUUAUAAAGAUGUAUGCUUGGGAAAAACCUUUUGCCAAACUAGUAGAAAUAUCGAGAAGGGCAGAAAUGAAACAAAUUAGUGCGACCUCCGCAAUACGUGCCAUAAUGAUAACCUGCGUUUCGGUUUUACAUAGGUCUUCAAUAUAUUUAUGCAUAUGUAUGUACGUUUUGACGGGAAGUACCGUUAAUGCUGCUUAUGCCUUUACGAUUGCUUCAUUUUAUUCGAUCCUAAGACAAGCGGUAACAAUGUAUUUGCCACGUGCUGUUACCCAACUCGCAGAAACUAAAGUUUCAGUGAAGAGGAUCGAGCGAUUUUUGUUAUUGGACGAAAAGACUGAUUGUUGUGAAAAUAAUAACGUCAACAAUGAAAUACCCAAUGAAAAUCAGACUAAAAGCGAUAGUGAUUUAACAACUCACAAUGACAAAGUACAUGUUUCUUUAAAGAAUGUAACCGUGAAAUGGAAUAAUAGCUUAGUCGAAAAUACUCUGGAUAACAUUGAUUUUAGUGCUAGUGCUAAUCAACUCGUCGCAGUUGUGGGCAAAGUAGGAGGAGGCAAAUCUGCGUUGUUCCACGCAAUUUUAAGAGAAUUGACUCCACUAGACGGUUAUAUAGAUACAGUAGGAACGGUCUCUUACUCUUCACAAGAUCCAUGGAUAUUUGCUGGUACCAUCAGACAAAAUAUCACAUUCCAACAAAAAUUUAACCAAGAAAAAUACGACAGGGUUGUAAAUAUAUGUGCCCUUGAAAAAGAUUUUGAAUUGUUUCCUAACGGAGACCAAACUAUAGUCGGUGACAGAGGUGUCACCGUCAGUGGUGGUCAGAAAGCUAGAAUCAAUUUAGCUAGAGCUGUUUAUAGGGACGCGGACAUAUAUUUGCUGGAUGAUCCUUUAUCUGCGGUUGACAGCAAUGUCGGUAAACAUAUCUUCGAACAGUGCAUACGCGGUUUCCUAAGGAACAAAUGCGUUGUUUUGGUGACUAAUCAGCUACAAUGUUUACAGGAUGCAGACCAGAUAUAUCUCUUGCAAAAUGGAAAAGUGGAAGCUGUUGGUUCGUAUCAAACUUUAAGAGAAACUGAAAGUGAUUUUAAAGCCCUUUUAGCUGAAUACAGAGAAAAUGAAAAGUCCGAUGUCGAAUUUAGGGAAGAUGAAGUUAAGGAAAGUACUAAUAAAACUAAACCUGCAGAUAACAGGGAGCAAAGAAGUUCUGGAACAGUUUCCAGAAAUGUGUACAGCAAUUAUCUAAAAGCUGGUGGCAAGUGGUACAAAAGUUUAUCGAUUUUACUCGCCUUUUUAGCAGCUCAAUUCUUUGCAAUAGUAAAUGACUACUUUGUGACACUGUGGGUAAAUUUAGAACAAUGGAGACUUCAGCGUUCCUUAAAUUCAUCUACAUAUAAUGAAUCAAAACUUGAUGCAAAUGCCACUACAGUUAUUAAUCACUCAUCCACUCAUUCUAAGGGGUAUGUCCUGAAUGUAUUGGACACAAUCUUAUCGGAAGAUACCUCGCUUAUUAUAUACACCGUUUUGCUGUUAACGUCUAUAAUUUUAGCUGUUGCUCGAUCGCUCUCUUUCUUCAAAUUUUGUAUGACAGCUUCUGCCAGACUACAUAAUUCGAUGUUUGGCAGCGUAAUAAGAGCUCCAAUGAAAUUUUUUAACACAAAUCCUUCCGGAAGGAUUCUAAAUAGAUUUUCCCAUGAUAUUGGAACGUUAGAUGAGGUAUUGCCAUUGACAGUAGCAGACACAUUCCAAAUCGCUUUGAUUCUUCUGUCGAUUUCCAUAGUCAUUGGAUGUUUAAAUCCUUUUAUAUUAGUUCCAACUGUGAUAAUCGUUCUUAUUUUCUAUGGAUUGAGGAAGGUAUUUUUGGCGACAAGCAGAGAUAUAAAACGUGUAGAGGCCGUGAAUCGUAGUCCAAUAUUCACACACCUAACAGCUUCAGUGAAUGGAAUUACGACCAUUCGAGCCUUCGGAGCGCAGGAUAUUUUGACAAGAGAAUUUGACCACUUUCAGAAUCAAUACACCGCUGCCAGUUUUUUGUUUCUAGGAGCCAACAGAGCUUUUGGUUUUUGGUUGGAUUUUCAUUGUGUUGUAUAUACUGUUUUCGUUAUGAUAAGCAUAUUAUUUAUUGAAAAUGAGAUUUUUGGGGGUAACGUGGGAUUUGCCCUCACUGAGGCCGUUGCCCUCACGGGAAUGUUCCAAUGGGGCAUAAGACAGUGGAGUGAGAUGGAAAACCAAAUGACAGCUGUAGAACGAAUAGAAGAAUACAUAAAGAUAGCACCAGAAUCUGACAGAGAAUCUAAAGAUCCUUCCAAAUCUUGGCCAGAAGAGGGAAAUAUUACAUUCGAUAAAUUAUGUCUUCGAUAUUCUCAAAAUGAUCCUAACAUAUUAGAAAAUAUAACUUUUGAAGUGAAACCCAAAGAGAAAAUUGGCGUUGUUGGAAGGACCGGCGCUGGAAAAACGUCCCUUAUUGUGGCCCUGUUUCGCUUAACUGAUACAGAAGGUGAAAUUGUAAUAGAUAAUGUCAAUAUUAAAGAUGUAGCAUUAAGUGUGCUUAGAUCAAGAAUAUCUAUUAUACCCCAAGAACCUGUGCUAUUUUCUGGAACUCUCAGGGAAAAUUUAGAUCCAUUCGAGGAGUUCAACGACGAAAUUGUCAACAUGGUUUUUAAGUCUAUGUCUGCAACAACUAAUCUAUUUUGCAUAAUAGAGUUCAUAUUAUAUGCUCUUAAUUUGAGUUGGCAGGUAGACGUCAUUGUAUAUGAUCUUGUAAUGUGGAACGCUCUGGAGGACGUACAACUCAAAAAGGCAAUCAAUGAUCUUCCCGAUGGCCUCAACCACAAGAUCUCACAAGACGGGUCCAACUUUAGUGUGGGCCAAAGGCAGCUGUUGUGCCUGGCUAGAGCAAUUAUUAGAAAUAACAAGAUAUUGGUCCUGGAUGAAGCCACUGCAAAUGUUGAUCCUUAUACCGACGUGUUAAUCCAGAACGCAAUAAGGGAAAAAUUUCCAUACUGCACAGUAUUAACUAUUGCACAUAGGUUGCACACUAUAAUGGAUUCAGAUAAGGUGCUGGUAAUGGAUGCUGGUAGGGUGGUUGAGUUUGAUCGACCACAAACGCUGUUGCAAAAUACCGACGGUGUUUUCUAUAGUCUGGUGAGAGAGGCUGGUAUAGCAGCCAAUGAGACAGAAUAAAAUAAUAGAUGAUGGUCACCGUGGCUGUGAUAAUAUCUGUUGAUAGAUGUUAUAACAGAUUUAUAAAGUGCUUUUUAUUAUACACGAUUAUGUGAUUUCUAUUUUUAUAUUAUUAUUUCUAUACAUAUAUUAUUCAUAUGUAGCUUAUUUUAUAAUAAAUUUAAGUAAGUGUUGAACAAUGUUUAAUAUUACGAGACCUACAGAAAAUUAUUUAAUCGUAUGGAAAAAUUAUAAUUUUGUGUUUCCUAGAUGUUGCAAAAAAUAGCAACGAAUUUAACGUGCUUAAGUUUUAAGAAUUUAAUUAAUUUUUAGUUUCUUCCUUUAUUAUUACCUAUAUAAAAUAGGACAGUAUGUACAGU